AUGCAGAAAUACGAGAAACUGGAGAAGAUUGGGGAAGGCACCUACGGAACAGUGUUCAAGGCAAAAAACCGAGAGACUCAUGAGAUUGUAGCUCUGAAACGGGUGAGGCUGGAUGACGAUGAUGAGGGAGUGCCAAGCUCAGCCCUUCGGGAAAUCUGCCUACUCAAAGAGCUGAAGCACAAGAACAUUGUCAGGCUCCAUGACGUCCUGCAUAGCGACAAGAAGCUGACUUUGGUAUUUGAGUUCUGUGACCAGGACCUGAAGAAGUAUUUCGACAGCUGCAAUGGUGACCUAGAUCCUGAAAUUGUGAAGUCGUUCCUCUUCCAGCUGCUAAAAGGCCUGGGAUUCUGUCACAGCCGCAACGUGCUACACAGAGACCUGAAGCCUCAGAACCUGCUCAUAAACAGGAACGGGGAGCUGAAAUUGGCUGAUUUUGGCUUGGCUCGAGCCUUUGGGAUCCCUGUUCGCUGUUACUCAGCUGAGGUGGUCACGCUGUGGUACCGCCCACCGGAUGUCCUCUUCGGGGCCAAGCUGUACUCCACGUCCAUUGACAUGUGGUCAGCUGGCUGCAUCUUCGCAGAGCUGGCCAACGCGGGGCGGCCUCUCUUUCCUGGCAACGACGUAGAUGACCAGUUGAAGAGGAUCUUCCGGCUGCUGGGGACACCAACCGAGGAGCAGUGGCCUGCCAUGACCAAGCUGCCAGACUAUAAGCCCUACCCGAUGUACCCGGCCACAACGUCCCUGGUGAACGUUGUACCCAAGCUCAACGCCACAGGGAGGGACCUGCUGCAGAACCUCCUAAAGUGUAACCCCGUCCAGCGCAUCUCAGCAGAAGAGGCCCUGCAGCACCCCUACUUCUCCGACUUCUGCCCUCCCUAG